CUGUGACGUCACGGAGGCGGCCGGCCGCUUCUUGCCGAGAGUCGCGAGCAGAAUGGACGGUGGCGAUGGCGGUUACGGAGAUUAUGGAGAGGAUGAUUCUUGGAAUACGGAAACAGUAGAUACUCAAGGAUAUGAUGGCUAUGAUUACAGUUACACUCAAGAUAAUAUAUCCAGCUCGGCAACCAAUUAUGGUUAUAACUCUGGCAACAAAACCUGGGAUCCACCCAAGAAUCCCAACACCGACACCAUUGUCGCUAAAAUCAACCAACGCCUGGACAUGCUCUCCCAGUUUGAAGACGAUACCACACAAGGACGCUAUUCGGGCCAAUAUUCAGGCCAAUACAACAGGUUUACACCUUAUGAGUCCUACGACUCCAGGUCUUCACUGAAUGACCAGGAUCUGUACAGAUCUGGCUACGGUUACAGUGAAUAUGGACCUAAUUAUAGUGAUUCCUAUGGAGGUCGGUAUGACCACUACGACAACUCCUCCUAUGGGAGCCGCAAAGACCAGUUCCAGAAUCGACCGUACGGUAACCAGCGGGGUCAGAACUGGUCCAGAGACUGGGCUCCACAUAAGAGACCAAACUGGAACGACCCUUACGUGCAGCAUGCGAGUUCCAGGCGAAUGUCUGCACACUGGAAUGAGCUGUCAAUGGGAGGCCGAGGCCCCAACGUCGCCUCCGCCAGGAACCUCCCUUCGCUCUUCUCCCCCAACAUUAUUCCCAUGGACCUGUUCAGAGUUCAGGGCUCGGGAAGAUCGUUAGGAGGUGGCAGACAGCGAAAGAAAGACAAAAACCGAAACAAAGGCAAAGUACCAGCUGGUCCGGGUAUGAAGAGGAAGCAAUCGAUAAGCAGCACUGAAGACCCUGAAAACAAACAAGCCAAGACAGACGAUGGUGAAGAUUCAGAUGCUGAAGAGAAGGAGGAAGAUGGGGCUGAAUCUGGAGAUGGAAUUACUGGCGAGGACAAAGAAUCGGGUGAAAAGAAACCAAAACGUUUUCCCACGAUGCAAGAGAAGAAGAAGGCCGGUAAAUUCAAGAAGAUUCGAGACCGACUUGCGGAGAGAAUAACAUACGCCUGCUCCGUGUGUAAAUUCCGUACGUUUGAGGAUGAUGAGAUCUCUAACCACAUGAGGAGCAGGUUUCACAAAGAAACUUUAAAAUUCAUUGGGACCAAACUAACUCCCCAAACCGCUGACUUCUUAGACGAAUACAUUGCAAACAAGAACAAGAAAACUCAGAAGCGUCGGGAGCAAAUUGGAGAUGAAACGAUUCUGAAAAAACAAUUGCUUCAGCAGCAAGACAUGCUCCAGGGAAUGCUGCGAGCCAAUGGUAUUGGUAUGGAGCAGUGCCUGAAAAAGGUGGAAGCAGCUCAUUGUAUGGCCUGUGAUCUGUUCAUUCCAAUGCAGAGUGGUUUUAUCGGGCAGCACUUGAGGACAGUUGAGCACAACCGUUAUCGCAAAGCAGCUAUUGAGAGAGCCAAAAAGGGAAGCCUGAUAGUUGCUAAGAGCAUCCUGAACAACAGCAACAUUACAGAGAUGUUGGAGAAGUACAUCAAGGGCGAGAAACCAUUUACUGACGACCCAGAUGACAAAGAUGAGGACGACACAGUCGCUGCUCAUGAGGGAGAAGGCGAGGGGGAUGGAGAGGCCGAGGGACAAGGUGAUGGGGAGAGAGAUGAUCUGAACGAAAGUACCAACGACGAAGAAAAGAAAGAGGGCGAGACUGCCGCCGAGGGCCAGACUCCCGAGGGUGAGACUGCCGAAGGUGAAGGAAAUGUUAAUAAUGCGGAAGACAUAGCAGACAAAUCUGAGAAGACAGACGACGUGCCAGAUGAGGAGAUGGACGCAGAUGGGGAGACGUUGGGAGAAGCAGAGGGGAACGCCACAGAAGAGAGCAAAGACCCCGAAGAUGAGCCGCUCGCACCCGACGACGAAAAAAUAUUGGAAGAGGGAGGAGACGAGGAAGGAGAACCGUUUGAUGAUGCUGAGCUGGAGUAAUUUAGUACCGCUGCUUCUGAAAAGAUCUGGACAAAUGAUUGAAAUAUUCCCUUAAUCAUUCUCUGAAGCUUAUAUUAGUUUUAAAAGUAUCUCCUUGUUUAACUUGCUGGUAGAUUUGUGUUAUUGCUGCACUUUUUUUGCUAGAGUUUCGCACCUGAUUUGUGUUUCAUUAGUUUCCAUGGUCUAGUAAGUGCUCCCUGUGUACCGUGCUGAAUGGCUUUUCACAAUAAUGAUGUAGACUGUAUUCUCUCCUGAACUGUGUGUGGAACAUUUUGCAAUAAACAUUCUUUCUAUAAUCUGA